AAUAUUUUACCUGGCGUUAGUUAAUUUUGCUAUGUUCGCCUCUACGAUACAGUAUUGCUUAUAUACAUCGGCGUUCACAGUCACGCGCCUUUAAAUCUGUGAAAAAAUACCUAUCGUAUUAGUACGUGUUUCUGCAAGCCAUGGAAUGUACCAACUGCCGCUUUAGUUAGGGUAGCACUGAUUCAUAUGCAAUACUACAGUCCGGGUUAGGGAAUAUGAUUACGCGUCGCUCACGGACAAAACCCAAUACAGAGUUGUGCUUUUAGCAUAGUUAAAGCGUUCGGCACUGUUGCUGCCGCUGACUGGAUUUGGCCAUGACAAAUGUAUUGUGGCGACCCCUGUUACUAACGAUUGGGAGUUUCCAGUCACUUCCCUGUUUUGAAAAGUUGGUAGCCCCAAGUGCCGAGAGUCGGGGCGGCCUGAGCAGUCAAUACAAGAAAGCCGGCUAAGGCCGCGAGGUGGUGGCGGAGUAGGAAGAUGAGCUCCACGGAGGAGCCUUCUAGUGACUUCCCUCUCCAUGCUCUGGUAUGGAGCAAUGACUACCGGAAACUGGAGAGCGAGCUGCAGGGAAAGGACAUAGAACAGCUGGAUCCACGAGGUCGGACACCAUUACACCUGGCAGUCUCUUUAGGUCAUUUAGAAACUGCAAGAAUUCUUUUGAGGCACAAAGCUGAUGUCACCAAAGAGAACCGCGAUGGGUGGACAGUUCUUCAUGAGGCAGUAAGCACUGGAGAUCCAGAAAUGGUCCAGAUGGUCCUACAGUAUCGGGAAUUCCAUAAGGCUUCCACAGCACUUGGAGGAGUCCCUGAGCUGUUAAAAAAAACUUUGGAGGCAUCUGAUUUUUAUGUCGAAAUGAAGUGGGAAUUUACUAGCUGGGUCCCGCUGCUAUCUAGAGUAUGUCCAAGUGAUGUAUGCAGGAUAUGGAAAAGUGGUGCUAAACUUCGAGUUGAUGCCACUCUUUUAGGAUUUGAGAAUAUGAACUGGAUCCGAGGGAAACAUAGCUUCAUAUUUAAAGAGGAAGAUAACUGGGCAGAACUGAUGGAAAUAAACCACGAUGACAAGACUGUCACAAAGGAACGCUUUGACAUCUCUCAGGAGAUUGAAGGCAUCACUUUAGAUUCUAUGCAGCCAGCAGAAAGAGAAAUCACAAAGAGGCUUACAUCUCCCAUAAUCAACACCUCGUUGGAUACAAAAACCAUUGCCUUUGAACGGACAAAGUCUGGAUUUUGGGGCUGGAGGUCAGAUAAAAUUGAAGCAGUGAAUGGCUAUGAAGCCAAGGUUUAUUAUGCUAAUAAUGUUAAUGUUGUGACUAAAACAAGGACAGAACAUCUGACAGAAGAGGAAAAGUCUCGAUACAAAGGUGAUAGAAACUUUUUGGAAUCUUUACUUGGGACAGUUGAGCAUCAGUUCGGAGCCCAGGGGGACCUCACCACAGAGUUUGCCACAGCGAACAACCCUACUGCUAUUACUCCUGAUGAAUAUUUUAAUCCAGAUUUUGAUCUCAAAAACAGGGACAUUGGAAGGCCAAAGGAGCUUGCAAUAAGGACUCAAAAAUUUAAAGCCACACUGUGGAUGUGUGAAGAUUUUCCCCUGUCCUUGGUGGAACAAGUCACACCUAUCAUAGAUCUCAUGGCCAGAACAAGUUCUCAUUUUGCUCACCUUCGAGACUUCAUCACUCUGCAGUUCCCUCCGGGCUUUCCAGUCAAAAUAGAAAUCCCUCUAUUCCAUGUUCUGAAUGCAAGAAUUACCUUUGGAAAUGUGAAUACCUGUUCCAGGGCAGAAGAGAGUCCAGCCUCCACUCCGAAAGGGAGUCAAGAUGAGGCCUCUUCUUCACCAAAGUUUGAGGUGGACCAAUCAGUCUUCGAUAUCCCUCCAUUGUAUCAUGUACAGGAGAAUGGGAGGAGCCUACAUAUACGAGAUGAAGAUGAUGAGAUAAUGCAGUUUGCUAUUCAGCAGAGUCUUCUGGAGUGCAGUGGAAAUCAGUAUAUGUCACCAAGCCAUUCAAAUGGAAGUAUCUCUUCUCAUCAGGUCUUUGACACACAGUAUGAAAGAGCCCUGCAGGAGAGCCUACUUGCCAAUUCCCAAAGUGCCCAUUCCAGCCUCAGUAGCCAGUCUCCGAGUUUUGACAAAGACUUACAGGUUGCCAUGGAGCUCUCUGCCAAGGAGCAGGAGGAGGCCGAGAGACAACGCCAGCAGGAAGAGGCUCAGUUGGAAGAGAUCUUGCAGCUUUCCCUCAUGGAAAAAUAGACAUUCUAAAUGAACAGUUAAAAAAACCAUACGGCUGAAAAUAUGCCUAUGAUACGGGUCUUGCCCCUCUCCUGCUAAAAACCAGCAGCAUCGCCCAAGAGGUCCCUCCACAGGACACAAGAUCACUCCAUGGACUCUGUAUCUUACCAAAGAGCUGAGACCUUUUUUGAUACACCUUUUUUUUCUCUGCUUCCCAAAUGCAAAUCUGGGACCUUUUCUACCAUCAAGUUUCUUAUAUUUACAGCCGCAGAUCUCUGUUUUUAACCCUUUGCCUGCCAACCCUUUUUAACUGAACCCAGAAAAGUAAGCUCUACAGACCUAGCACUCUGUAACUUUUAUGCUUGCAGUGUAGAUUCUAUAUCGUUGGUAGUCAAAGGGUUAUUGAAGAACUGCUGCUGCAGGAAAAAUAAAAUGACGGUCGAGGUAUAACCUUUCUUGCAUUGAACGUUUUGCUCCCAUAUUUUUUCAUCCCCACCAUGACCUGACGCCAUUUUAUGAUACAGAACAAAGCUUUUAUAGGUCUCAUCAAAGCAGCUGGUCUUGUAGUUAUCCUUUUUGUUUCUCCCUUUCCUAUAGCUCCCUGAAGGGGGCGGGGCUUUAAAGUGACAUCAUACUGGCCAUGUAUUGUUUGGGAAUCUAGUAGAUGUCGUGCAAGGGUUUUCCUGACAUCUAAAAGGGGCCUCAUACAGGACAUAGCUUGGGCCAAAUCAUACCAAUGAUUGAUCUGUGUGGGCAAAUGGAACAGAUAUAUGAAUUAUGUAUUAUUUGGGAGGAUCUGACUAUAUAUUUUGAAGCACACCAACUAUUAUCUGUUAAUGAUCGCAGGUCGAUUUGUCUAUCCACACUGAUCAAAGACUGGGAAAUUUGUCUGACAUGUUUGCCCUGCCCAAUCAUAGUGCUCCCACUACUAUGACAUUGUUUAAUGUGCUCCGUAAAGCCAAACAAAUUUGCUCAUGAUAAUGUGGCAGCUUUUAUUUGGGCUUGAGGAUGAGAUUUUAUUUUCCCAAAGCAGAGUGAGUUUAUUGACACUCAUUAAGGGUCAGGGCACACAGGCAGAUUCAGGGAGAUUAGUCACCCGGCAGGAUGGAACUCGGAUCAAUUGAUUUUCCAAAGUCGCCCGAACUUUGGAAAACAAAUCGCUCUAAGUUUUAGCCUCGUAGGGAGGCAGUUCGGGGAGAUUAGUCUCCCCGAAGAAAAGUUGAUUUGUUGCCGGGCAAAUAAUCCCCCCCCCCCAAUCUGCCUGUGUGCCCUGACCCUAAUAAAUACAAAUAUACAUAGAUAAGGCAGGCUCAGUGUGUUUAACUGCUUUUCAGGAAAAUUAGUCUAUUAUUUAUAGGAAUAUACAUUGUAUGUUACAAUUGAAAUAGGGGUGUUUUUCCCUUUAAAUGCUUUUCCUUUCAGCACUAUUAAAUUAUUACUUUUA